AUGUCUCAAAAAUUUAAGUCCCCUAUUAUUGUAUCCAAAGUCCAACCAAAAGUACUCUACAACACUCAAGAGUAUAAAAGAACUCAUAUCUUAGUCUCAAUGCUAAAGUCAUCAAAGUCUUUAGUCCCUUUGAAUAUAUGCAUUAUAUUAAGAGAAGACAAGAUUACUUAAACAAGUAAUAGGAGCUUAUUGCCAACCUACAAUUAAGCAAAGAGAAUUAUGAUAAAUUGACAUUUUCAGUUAAAUAGAUAGGAGUUACAGAUGAUGAAGGCAGAGUUGGUUCACUAAGCUAAAGAAAAUAUUUACUAAAAUCUAUGGAAUCAACUAGAGUCUAAAAAUCAGAAUCUAUCUAACAAUCAUAAACUGAUAGAAUUCAAUAUUAAUUCAGGGCAAAAGCAUUACCAAGUAGUCGAAGAGAAAAAACUCGAACAUCUCAAUAAUAAUCCAAUAUUAAUUUCUUAACACUUCCAGAAAGAUCGGAAACCCAUAUUGAAUUUAAGACAAGCGCAAUUGAUAAGAUAAUCAAAAGAUCAAGAUAAAAAAAACGAUUUCCGCUAAGUUAACCUUAACCACCAGAAGUUGCAUUUGCUAAAUAAUACCAAAAUUCAAAAUAUUUAUCAUAUAGUCGAUAGUUAUAAGAACUAUAAGGAACAUUGGAAUUCAAUAAAUUGUUAUGA